AUGGUCGACACAGCUGCUGAAAUUGCCCACUUCCGCUCCCAUCCUUGGGCCAAGAACCUCAUCACCUCGGAGGACUAUGAACCAAUUAUCACCGACUCGCGGCGCAUGAAGCGUUCGGGUGAGGAUGGGUUCUUUGGGAAGACUCUAUCUACGCCUACCACAAUUCCUCACCUGAUUACUCUCCAACGCCGCAAGAUCCCUCCCGCACCGUCGGAGGUUCCGACCUGGCUUCCCGCGACCAAGCAAGAUGCUGCCGCUGCCGCAAAGCCCACUCCUGGUGUAAACCCACCUGACAUUAUCAUGAUCUGCGACCUCGGAACUCCCGGCGUGUCUGGUCAUCCAGCGACGGCGCAUGGAGGGAUCGUCGCGACGAUGAUUGACGAGGCAAUGUCAUUGGCUGUUGCAGCGCACACAACCGGCCCAGUAUCGUCUUUAGAGUCAGACGACAAUCCUCGCGGCAGUAUAUUUACUGCCCAGCUAGAUGUACGGUAUCUUCAGCGAGUAGUUACGCCCGCUCUAUUGAUUAUUCGAGCAAAGGUUGUAGGGCGUCUUGGUCGGAAGUUCUGGGUCCGGGCUCAGGCUUUGCAAGAGGACGAGGAGAGCGCAGGUGGCCAUUUGGAGUGGGCGAAGCGGAAGAUCGUGAAGGCUGAUGCCAUGGCCUUCUGGAUUAUGACGCCAAGUGAAAAGCUUUGA